AGUCUAUAUAUGCAAAGCGUGGUGAUUUUUUAAAUUGUUUGCCUGUCACAGAGUUUAGCAGUUACCUUUAGGCUUCAUGAGCAGUGUUCGAUGAAAUCUUCUGGAAUAGUUUUUCUUGUUUGGGUACUCGCCUGCCAUUCUGAGCUAUCAGCUGGUUACCCAAAUGGAAAAGUAAAAGAAGCCUGCAGUAGUAUGAUGCCUCUCCAUGGACACUCAUCUCAAAAAUUUCCUAAGCACACCAUUAAAGUAAAUAUGACAGAGUUUAAACCAGGCGAUCAUGUGAAAGUUAGUUUGUCCGGGCCUACGUUUGAAGGAUUUUUCCUACAAGCCCGCAAUGCUGAGGAUGUGGGGGGCCCUGCCAUCGGUUCUUUUGCACUUGCUGACAAGAGAAUGUCUCAGCUCCUCACAUGUGGACGCACAAAGAAUUCAGCUGUCAGUCACACAAGUAAAUCUAAGAAAACCCAUCUGGAUGCCUAUUGGAUUGCACCUAAAGAUGCACCAAAGAGAGUACAAUUUCUAGUCACAGUUGUGGAAAGAUAUAGCAUCUUUUGGGUAAAAAUUCCUGGUCCUACGAUUUCCCAGUCUAAUACACCUAUUUUGACAACAACCAUUGGGAUUGUUCCAGCAACUUCGCUUGUUCCUCAUCUAAUCCAGCCAUUCAAUGCUUCAGACUGUGGAAAUAACAAAUUCUGUGUGAGAAACCCUUCGAACUGUGAUCCUCAAGCCAAUGGCUGCUUCUUUCUGUCCUUCAGACGAGAUAAUGACUCAGUGUUGGUUGAAAUGAGUGGUCCUAGUGAAGGCUACAUUGCAUUUGCAUUGUCUCAUGAUCAGUGGAUGGGUGAUGGUGAUGACGCAUAUCUCUGCAUUAGUGAAAAUCAUCAUGUUGACAUCAGUACAGCCUCUCUGGCUGAACGAGCUUAUCCAGAGUUUGAUUCAGAGGUGGCUCUGGAAGAAACCUCAUGGAGGCUGGCUGACGGUUUUAUUCAGUGUUCUUUCAAAAGAAGAAUUCAUCUUCCUGCUUUUAAAGGGAGGUUUAACCUAGAUGCAAACUACUACAUAUUUCUGGCAAAUGGUGAAGUCGAUGAAGGAGGUACAAUUCAAAAACACUACCGUCAGCCUCUGAUCACGAAUGGAAAGUAUAAUGUUUCGGGACCACUAAAGGAUAUUGGAGGAUCCCGUUCCCCAUUUCUCAUCAAGAUCCAUGGUGCAUUGAUGUUUGUUGCUUGGAUGACGGCAGUAAGCAUUGGGGUGAUCGUUGCCCGAUUUUUCAAACCUGUCUGGCCUAAUUCAUUUCUGUUUGGCGAAGAGAUCUGGUUUCAGGUCCAUCGUAUGCUAAUGAUGACGACAGUGUUGCUUACAACUGCAUCUUUUGUUCUUCCUUUUGUCUACCGUGGAGGUUGGAGUGAACAAGCAGGCUUUCAUCCAUUCCUUGGCUGCACGGUGAUGGCACUGGCAAUCUUUCAGCCCCUCAUGGCAGGAUUCAGACCACCUCCCCAAGCACCAAGAAGGCAAAUCUUCAACUGGUUACACUGGAGCACUGGCACAACCGCUAGAAUAUUAGCUGUGAUAACAAUGUUCCUGGGAAUGGACUUGCCUGCUCUCAACCUUCCAGAUCCGUGGGAUACCUAUACAAUGAUGGGAUUUGUAGCUUGGCAUGUUGGUAUCGAUCUUCUCUUGGAGAUACAUGGCUAUUGUCUCAUUCGCAAAGUUGAAGUGUUGGAAGACGACAGGGUACAGAUUUUGCAGUCUGUUACUACUGCAGAGGCACAGGGUCAUACGUUUAAAAAGACGGUGCUAUUCCUCUACAUUUGUGGCAACAUAGCAUUUCUCAUCACUUUCCUGACAGCAAUUGUACAAAUAUGACUCUGAAGAAGACUUUAAUAUCCUGAAGAGCUUGUAAUGGGAUUAUUUGGGGACACAUGGCUCACUGAAGAUCACAACAAAAAGAAAUGAAUGAAUGAAAUUGAGGAUUUAAGAAAUCAUAUGAGAAUAUUGUUCUCACCACACAACCACUGAAGAGGAGGAGAAUUAGACAUUUUUGGCAGUGUUGUUCUAAUCAGGAUUGGGCCCUGUCAUGAUCUCCACUAUGACUGAACACCUCAUUUCAGUUUUGUCCAUUUGUAUCCUCUAGCUUGACCAGUCACAAGAAGGCUGAUCGGAGAGUAUUUUGCUUUGGACAAGUUGGCUCUUCUUCCAGUUGAGGGUUUAAGGCACUAGGUUUUGAGGAGCUUUUGUUUAAUCGAUAGUGAUUAAGCAGUUAAACUUGGAAUCAAAUGACUUGUCAACUUUAAAGGUGAGAGGGCUCAGCACCAAUGGAGGCUAAAUAGGUGUCUAAUAUCAGCUUGUACCGUCUCGGUCCCUUAGCAUUCCAAGAGUGGAGUUUUUUUAAACAUUGUUGCUUCUUCAAAACUCUCUCUUCAAAAGAUAAUGACUAGUUACUGUGCCCAGUUGUGCCCCAAAAGCUCUCUAGAUCUAGUGUCAACCUAUUUAUUUAAUGAAUUAUUUGCUGAUAUUUUUUGUAUAUAUAUGUAGGGUGAUAUCCAAGUGUGUUUAUCUACUGACAGAAUGGGGUCUGCCACGGGAGUGGUUCCCCCUUCCCCUGAAGUCCUUUGUGCCCCCCAAAUCUGUGCUGGAUGAUUGGGGGGGGGGGGUCACUCCGGUGCUGGAAGGACAGGAAAGGACCAUUGUGUGAGCAGAAGUCUACUUGUACAGUGUUGGAUAUAGGAAGAAAACAACUCCUACUAACUUGCUGUCUCUCUAGUUUGCUUUUGCCAUGCAUUGGGUUUCAGGUCUCCUGUCCUUGAUAAAAGUUCCCAAUAGAUAUUGAUCCUUUAAUGACUUUCCCAGCUUGCCACACUCAUAAAGAACAAAGUGCAAGACCACUAACAUAGUGGUUUUAUAAUUGUGCAUUACAUUCCAGUGCUUAAUAUUUUUUAUCCUAUUAUGAAAGUAUGAAUUGUU